AUGGCGCCGCGAGGGGGCAAGAUGGGCAUAGGCCGCUCGCCCGCGGCCAAGGCCCGCGCCGGCCUGCCCCGCGCCAACCCCAACGACGUCCGCGUGAAGGGCUUCGAGAACCACGCCGAGCGAAUGUCCACGUUGUUCCGGCCGGACAGCUCGGGGUCGGACCCUACGUGCCGGGGCUCGCUCGACCUCGCCGCCGCCGGCGACGACGACGACGACGACGACGACCUAGACUUCAUCCGACACGCCAAGGAGGCCGCGCGUCGGCUUCGGGAGCUCAACGCGAGGAACGCCGCGGCCAGGCCCCCGACCCCGGCGUCUCGGUGGACCGCCGCGCGAGCGAAGAUCUCCGCCACCGCACGCAUCGCGGGGCUCUUCCAGGGCAUGGAGCCCGGGUCGUUGCGCCCGCCCUCGGGCGGCAACAAGGUGCAUCCCGCGUCGACGCCGUCGAGCGUGCGAGUCGUCGCGCCCACCGCCGUCGCCGGCGGCGGCGCGUCCACCGCCGCCGCGGACGCCGGCAUGGUCACCCCCCGCGCGCGCUCCGAGCACGGGUCCGAGCCGGGCGGGUGGGGUUCAGUCCCGAACACCCCCGUCACCGUCCUCCAUCAGGACGCGCACUCGGUGCCGUCGUCGUCCGCGCCGUCCCUGGCGCCGUCCGUCGUGACGGACCCGGACCCGGGAGACGCCCCGAGGGCGCACCCCGCCCACUCCGCCCCCGCGUGGAACGCUCGGCCGGCGUCGCCGCAACCGGCGCCGCCGACGAUGGUCGAGGUGGACGCGACGGGCCGAUGGUUCGUCUCUUACGACGACUACCACGUCUCCAUGCAAAUGGCGGCGCUCGCGUUGAGGGCGAAGAACAUCGCGCUGGACGCCGCGAUGAAGAGCGGCGCCGCGGAGAUCGAGCAGCUGAGAAGAGAGGCGGCGGCCGGCGCGAGAGGUGGAGGAGGAGGAGGAGGAGGAGGAGGAGGAGCGAGGAAGCUCACCGGAUGGUUCUCCCCCUCCCGAAAGCGAAACUCGGCGACGAAGGAGGACGAAAACGCAGCGGAAAACGAGGACGACCAGACGGGGAACGAGCACGGGACCGAGGAGGGCGCCGGCGAAGGUUCCGGCUCGAGCUCGUCGGGCCCCGCCGCCGCCGCCGCCGCCAAAACCAAAGCCGAGGCGUCAAAGAAAACCAUCGAGGCCGUCGCCGAGGAACCCUCGCUCGAGGAGGAGGAGCAGGACGACGAGGACGAGGCCGCCGCCGCCGCGUCCGCCGCGGAGGCUGUCGCCAUCGACGCGGUCGCCGACGCCGCCGUCGCCGCCGCCGCCGCCGAAUCAUCCGCCGCCGAGUCCAAACGACAGCUGGAACGAGCGCUCGCCGCCGAACGAGCGUCGACGGAGGCGGAGCGCGCCGCGUGGUCCAUGGAACGUUCGCAGCUGCUCAAGGAACGCGACGAGCUGAGGGCGCUCGCGUCCAACCCCGCGCUCGACGUCUCCGCGACCUUCUCCGACGCGGCCGCCGUGGACGCGUCGAUGUCGUGGGACGGCGACGCGGAGAGUCUCGCGAUUGAAGCCUUGGUCGCGCUCGCCACGGCGCUUCGCGGCGAGGACGUCGGUUUCGACAAGCGACGGCAGGAGAUGCGCGCGACGGCGGUGGCCAAGGCUGGCGGGGUCGCCGCGGUGCUCGGCGCGAUGGCGUCGUUCCCGGGGAGCCGCGCGGUGCAAGCCGCGGGGGCGGACGCGCUCGCGAGGAUGGCGGGCGCGAGCGAGCGCGCGAGGGAGGUGCUCGUCGCGGAGGCGGACGAGGUGCUCGGCGGGGGCGGCGUGGCGGCGCUCGCGCGCGCCGUGGACGAGUUCGGAUGCGGGGAGGAGGGAGGGCACAGGGACGUGAGGGUCGCGGAGAGCGCGGGGAACGCGUUGCUCGCGAUCGCGGCGAGCGGAAGGACGGAACACGGCGGUAUGGAGAACGUCGGGCGGAGCGCGUUGCGGCGAGCGGUGGAGGCGCAUCCGGGGGCUUCGUGGGACCCGAUGCGGCUUGGCCGGCUGCACGCGUGGAUCUUCGCGUCGUGCACGCAGCCGCAGGUGCACUCCAGCGACGACGAGGACGCGCCUUACUGA